UUCAACUCGUCGUCAAUGUACACAAAUUUUGAGGUAAUUUCGGUCUCGUUUUUACUGUCAAAUUUUCAGUUUGGACAAUAAUAAACAAGUGCAAUGCACAGAGAGUCUGCUUGAUGCUCCACUGAUGACAAUCACCGUACGCUAUGGCACUACAUGCACUUUGACCUAGAUGCCAUGGCAAUGACACCACCAUUCGUCAUGGAGGCUUACACACCACCUGAAGCCCUCUGGAGGCUGGUAGAGGAGAACGUUGCUCCAGGAGAGCAGCAAGAAAUCCGAGACAUUCUUGGAAACUCCAUGGUAGAACAGAGUCUUGAACUUCGUAAUGAGGUUGAAGCGUUGCUUGACAUCUGGAGUGAGUAUAGACAAGAGACAGAGUCGCUAGCACCAUCCGUCCCGGUACUCCCUGAACCGCCACUCCUCAGGAAGAGUCUUAAAGGCCAGAUCAGAAUUCUUGUUGAGAGUCUUAAGGAACGAGCAAAGGAGAGUGGAAGAGAUUCCGGACUGAGUCUGUCCAGGCAAAGCAGUAAUGAUAUUCUAGAGUAUGCUCUCGAUGAUAGUCCUAGAGACUGUAGCUCUGCGGGCAGUUUGAGAAGGCCCUCUACAGCCAUGAGUUCAAGGGAUGGACGGGAUACACCAAUGAGAAUGACGCCCUCUAGUGACGGGGAUGAGUUAUCAGCGACAUCAACAAUGAGUGACAGAGUGGAUUCAGUGAAGGAUCAACUUAAUGUGUUGAAAAUUGAUGAAGUUGUACAAGAACUGAGGAGUGCCCUUGAGGAAGAGGUCAGCCAACUCCUACGUGACAUCAGUUUCUUGCAAACUUGUCUUGAGGAUGAAUCAGACUAUAGAGGGCAGUCUAGAAUGGCCAUCCACCCACAAGAACCAUCUCUUCAAGAAUUACGUGCUGAGAAGCAAGCCUUGGAGAAGCAACUUGAAGAAGUGUCGUCGUUUGGCACAAUUAACAUAAUAAAUUCCAUCAAGCCUAAGUCUUCAGUACUAUCGUCCCCCACAAAGAAACUUCCAAGCCCUUUAUUGCCUUCAGGACGAAGCCCAACAAAUAUACGGCCAUCCCCACCACCCUCAGCGAGCAGCAAGGUCCGACAGGGUCCAUUUAAGGUUCCCCAUCCUGGAGGGAGAGUCAGACCCUCAGAAGGUAGCACCGCGAUGAAGAACGGGAAGCGCCCUAGCAGUGGGGGCGACGACAAAUCCACCCAGAGGACUUCAACCAUCAAAACAGGUGCCUCAAACAAAUCAGUUGCGAAGUCUAGAAUUAGUACAUCCAGUGUGAAUCACCAAUCUUCCAAAAGCACUUUACCUCGGAGCUCCAAGGCUCCAGCCUCGCCUCCCCCUCGGCAGUUGAUUCCAUCCCCACCAUCCUCUGCGAGACCCCCUCUUGGUCGACCGAGCUCUGCUCAGCGCUUCAGGACAAGGGUGUUGGACUCCAGACAAGGUGGUUCAUAGUUGAUCAGAUUGGCACAUUGGUGCUUCCCCAUUUCCCACAAUCUAUGUGGCCUAGGUUCGAAUCUCACAUGUGAAUUCACAUUUGUGACUCCAGAAGAA